AUGCUACAGAAAGACCAUCAUCUGCCUCAAAAAGCCACCGCUGCCAUUAUAAUUUUCACACAUGUGCGAAGCCAACCAUGUCCGCCUUUUUCAACUGGAGGUCGUCAAUCUUUUUAUGACAAAUUCAUUCGCUUCUCUGAGUUCAUCCGAAAUGCGCACUACAAAACGAGUAUGGUUCACUUCCAAACAGAACAAGGCGUUCUCCCGCGUCUGUAG